AUGUCCACCAAGAAGCUCGAUAUGACUCCAGAUGAGGUUGUCGAAGGAGAGUAUGUCAAUGUCGGAAGAAGCAGAAGUGCAACUGCCACGUCAACAUCUUCCCGUAAAGAUUAUGAAACACUUCAGGAUUUUUUGAAGAGAGAUGAAUACUCGGCUGAAACGAAAAGAGACAAAUUUAAAACUGUUCAAGUUCAAAGCCUGGAUAAUUCGUACAAGGGGCGGAAGACUGACUUAUCGUUGCAAUAG